AUGGCUUCCCAAGCUAUGAGGAGAGAGAGGGCUUCGAGCGAUAGAGCUCAGGCUGGUCUCAUACCCCAACGGCCGGGCCUUCCCAAUCGAACCAUUUCCGCUCCUCCCGGAGGAUUACACAAAUUGGAUCCAUCUAGAGCAACGAUGGGCGUUGGUGAUAAAGUUGGACGCACACUUAUCGAAGAAGAGGAAAUUCAAUCGCCAGGCCGGCGACAUGGGAUGGCAUUGCCCCAUGCUGGUAACGAGGUGUCCUUAAAGCCGAGUUUUCCUCACGUUAGUAUCGCGGUGGUCGGUGGAGACCGAGUAGGUAAAACGGCCUUUAUCGAGAGUGCUUUGGAGAUGAAACGCCCCCUUUCCUCGCGAUCAACAACGAAGAAAAUGUCAUUGGAUGGAACCGUAUAUGUCGUGCGGUUAUUGGAAAUGCAUAGCAGGGAGAUUUCGCUCACUAGCGAUGGCAAAGUCCAAUGGCCACGUCUAGGUAACGACUCGCCACAGAUGGUUGAUGGCGUUCUGCUUUUACACGAUGCAACUCGUCCCGAGACUCUCCCUGAGAUGGUGGAGAUGCUGGAAAAUUUCGCCACAGCCUCAGUUCCAUUUGUAUUUGCGGCUACCAAAUGUGAUGUCCGAACCCCUGAUGGACCGGUUGAAACCUCAGUAGGCAGCUAUGACGUCCAUCGGACGUCCCUCGAAUCGCCCCAAGCACAGAAAAUGUGUAUCGCUGUGGUUUUGCGUGCUGUUUUUAGCCAAAAGGAUGGUAAGUUUAAGACUUUGAGAUUGAAAAUACACCCCAUUGCCUUUGAUAUCGUUUUUAUAAGAGGCGGGAAAGGGAGAAAUCCGGCCAAAUCGCAUCCACUGCAUUUUUUUGCUGGUCCUGGUUUAGAUGUGGAUGCUAACUGCUUCCUCCUAGUUGUCGCUGAGAAACGUCCAAAUUCCUCGAGCACACAAGAGUGGCAUCAUACUCGCACCCGCUCGGAAACCCCCACACCAUCGCUUUCUGGAGCCGCGGGCGGCCCGUUUCGUAGUGCUCUUGAUUCAGGAGUCGAUGGGUACGGUGUUGACCGUCAUCCCAGCGACUCGACCACGUCUCUAACCCUGGCUUCCAAUGCACAGGGCUCACGAUAUGCCCGGAGCAACUCGCAACCGGUGCGACCUCAUACACCUACGUCCGGGCCGCUUCUAAAUCCCAUGAGACCAUCUGCUACUAUGGACUCGUCCCCGAACAAGGAUCGCCAUCGACAACAUCGCCUUCACACAACCUGGCGCAACAGUGGCGGGUCGGACGCUUUUAACAGCUUUUUGGACAUGGGGGAUGACAUUGAUGGACCGCGGAGCGCCCCGUCGAGUCCAGACAGCAAGGAUAAGGCUUCUAGCGAGAGUUCCUCGAAUGAAACGGGCUUUACUUUCGAUGAGCUGGUAGAUCGUCUCGUUUCCCAACCUAUGUCGAAGCAGGAUUCCAAAUUUGCCUCGAUUUUCUUGUGCCUCUAUCGAAAGUUCGCUGCCCCCGCUACGUUGUUGAAUGCAUUGAUUAAUCGAUUCGAGCGGAACGAGAAGAACAUCACGGAUCAAUUGACUCGUAUUGCAGACCAACUAAGGCUUCUCAACGUCAUGGCUCAAUGGGUGUCGGAGUAUUCUGGCGACCUAGCUUACCCUAAGACACGGAAGCGGAUUGUGGAUUUCGUCUCUACUCUAGAGAAGAGCCACUUCUAUAUGUUCGCUGCCAAGGAGAUCGGCUCAUAUCUCGAGGUUAAUGCAGAGGACGAUGAUAUUGGAUGGGCUUUCCGGGAUGGGGAAGCGGAGGCGUUUGAGGGACAGGAAACUUUCUUCGAUAGCUCUGCUCGGAGCUCGCCGUCUAUGUUUUUAGGGGGGGUUUCGAUUGAUGACGACGCAAAUGAGGAGGAAGAGGACCCUAUAUAUAGCAUGAGCGCUUUGGACCUUAGCGAAGGCGUACACGACUCAUCCUCAAAGCUCUCUGCCACGCUGUCAAACCCUCCGGUUGCUGAAAAGCCUGGAACCGUCUCUAGCCAAUCCUUCACCUUCUUGAGUAUCGAGGCGGCACAGAGAGAAUCUCAAAAUCUGGAAUUGACGGCCCGAAUUCCGCUGACGAAAGUACAAUGGCGGCAGCUCAUGGAAAUUCCAGAUGACGAAUUUGCGCAAGAAAUGACUCGUAUAGACUGGAUUAUGUUUAAUUCUUUCCGCCCGCGAGAUCUUGUGCGACAUGUUAGCCUCUCAGGGCCAGAUAAGGACAAAAUACAGAGUCUGAAACAUGUCAAUCGAAUGAUUAAGCAAUUCAACCACGUGGCGUUCUUUGUGGCCAGCCUGGUCCUUCUCAGAGAUAAGCCUAAGCACCGAGCGAGGGCUUUGGAGAAGUUCAUGAGCAUAGCUCAAAAACUCCGACGGCUGAACAAUUAUAAUUCCCUUGGGGCUGUUAUCGCAGGAAUUAAUGGAACACCAGUUCACCGACUUAACCAGACCCGGGAACUUGUUCCGGUCCAGGCGCAGAAGGCUUUUAUGAGGCUGGUUAUCCUCAUGGGCACGCAGAAGAGCCAUUUUGCGUAUCGCCUGGCAUGGGACAAUUCAUUUGGCGAGCGGAUUCCAUUCUUGCCACUCCACCGUCGCGAUCUUGUGUCAGCCGAGGAGGGUAACAAAACCCUUAUUGGGGACACGCGAACUCGGAUUAACUGGAAGAAAUUCGAGGUGAUGGGCGAAGUGGUUCUAGGGAUUCAACAUAGUCAGAAGACUCCCUAUCCGCACCUGCAUAGAUACGAGGAUGCGACGCGGGCUAUUCUAGACAUGAAGCUUUCCGGCGAUGACGAGGAACUAUAUGCCCGCAGUAUGCAAGUUGAACCUUCCUCGGGGGGGGACCUCGUACGAAAGAAGUUUGGCUGGCUACGACCGUAA